AUGUUGAGCUUCGGGCUACUCUUCUUCUGCUUCGCCUUAUGCCACGGGUAUUCAGUGCUACCUGGAGUUCUGCCACUUCCCUCGGUGCAUUCGGCGCAUUCUGCUAUUGUGGCGCCACAUUCUUAUUAUCAUGGGCAUACGACCCCGGCACUACUCAGCCACGGAGGAUUUGCACCAGUGAGUCAUCAUUUAUACAAACGUUCUCCGCACUAUGCACCGAUCGCUCAUGUGGCACCCUUGCCACAUGUUGCAACAGUAGAACACGGGGUGCCCGUGGCAGUCUCUCACCAGCAGCGUGUGGACAUACGUUCUUCUCCAGCAGUCGUGGCUGCUCCUGUUGUAACAGUAGUGAAACCGGUGCUGACGUCCUUCGUUCCAGCUACUCCGUUUAUUCACAAGCCUUUGAUUGGUGGUUACGAAGCUGGACACUACGCUUCAGUAUACCCCCAUUUAUCCCAUUAC